GCUAAGAUGGCGGCGAAGGGCUCACACUCGCACGUGAAGCUAGAGGCGGAGAUCGAGCGGUGCCGGGCCGAGGGGUACUGGGGGCGACUCCGCCACCUCGCACAGCAGCUGCUGCCGCCGCGGUCCCCGCGCAAGGCGAAGGCGGUGAGGGGUGCGCAGGACGCAGAGGACCAUGGGAGUUUGUUGCUUGCAGAAGCUCUGCUGGAGGAAUGUUUGAAGGAAAACUUUGCCAAACUGAAGGACUCAAUUCCACUGUCAGAGAAGAGUGAGCCCAAACUGAGUGAAGCUAAACAGUAUCUGACCAGUAUCUUAAGCAGAGGGAAACUAAGACCGAAGUAUAUGACAGAAGCUAUGCUGAUCCUAGGAAAGCUUCAUUAUGUGGAGGGAUGCUACAGAGAUGCCAUCAGCAUGUAUGCAAAAGCAGGGAUUGAUGACCUUUCAACCAAAGAUGAACCUCUGUAUGUGCUGCGUUUGGUAACUGAAGCCUUUGUUGUUAAAGGUUUGUCAUUGGAGCACUCAACGAACUCAAUUGCCUCGCAUGCUCGACUGUGUGAAAGGGAGGAGGAAGUUGUGGCUUGUUUUGAGAGAGCGUGUGUUACUGCCCAAGUGUACUUGCAGGAGCUUGAGAAGACCUUAAACAACACACAUUCAAGGAGUAUCAAGGGUAGCAGUGUGACUUACUCUGAGUUUGAACUUUCCUACUUUCUGGAAGCAGCUCUACAGAGUGCCUAUGUGACUCAGUUAAAGAAAGGAAAUAUUGUGAAAGGAAUGAGGCGUCUGCGAGAAAUACUACGGACUGUAGAAACAAAAGCUACUCAGACCUUCAAAAUGACUGCAGCCAAACAGUUAGCCCAGGUACUUCUCCAUUCCCUCAGUGAAGACUGUUACUGGAGCCCUUUAUCUGAUCCACUUCCUGAGUUCAUGAACAAGGAAUAUCAGUCUUAUGUUAGCCAUCUUCUUUGUCGGAGACCUGAGGUGUACUCAGAAGAGAAUGUGUACUGCCCUCAAGACAACGUAGAAGAGGCUCUUCUCCUCCUCUUAAUCAGUGAAUCCAUGGCGAACCGGGACGCAGUGAUCAGCCGAGCUCCAGAGCAGCAGGAUGACCGAGCCAUCAGUCUUCGGGAUGCUUCUGCAGUCUACGAUCUCCUCAGCAUCACGCUGGGCAGAAGAGGGCAGUAUGUGAUGCUGUCUGAGUGCUUGGAGAGAGCCAUGAAGUUUGCAUUUGAUGAAUUUCACCUCUGGUACCAGCUUGCCCUGUCCAUGGUAGCUUGUGGAAAGUCAGCAUAUGCUGUGUCGGUGCUCAAAGAGUGUGCUAAACUGCGACCUACAGAUCCCACUGUUCCUCUUCUGGCUGCCAAGGUCUGCAUUGGGUCACUGCACUGGCUGGAAGAAGGAGAGCACUUUGCUAAAAUGGUGAUAGACCUGGGUGAGGAUGCUGGAGAGUCCCUAGCAAAGGGUUACCUGGCACUGGGCCUGACAUACAGCCUUCAAGCUACUGAUGCUACUCUAAAGAGCACUCAGGAUGAAUUAAACAAGAAAGCACUUCAGACUUUGGAGAGAGCACGUGACCUGGCCCCCGAAGAUCACCAAAUCAUCCUUUACCUGUCACUGCAGCUGGCUCUUGUCAGACAGAUUUCUGAUGCUAUAGACCAUCUUCAAGAAGCCCUGCAACUGUGCAAAGAUGACAUGAAUUCACUUCAUCUACUGGCCCUCCUCUUUUCAUCUCAGAAGCACUAUCAGCAUGCAUUGGAUGUUAUCAACAUGGCUGUUGCUGAAUACCCAGAAAGCUUUAGUUUACUCUUCACGAAAGUAAAACUGGAAUGGAUACACAAAGGACCUGAAGAGGCUCUGGUGACAUGCAGGCAUAUGUUGCAGAUGUGGCAGAUGGUAUACAAUGUUCUACAGCACAGUGGCUCUGAGAAGGGAAGUAGUGUGACUGAAACACCUGUAAUCAAAAAGCACAAUGGACUGCAUCUCACUCUUCCAGAUGCUCAUGACACUGAUUCUGGAUCACAACGAGCCUCUUCCCUUGCUGCAUCAAGACUGGAACAGGCCAUGUCUGAAAUAACUAUGCAGAGCAGUGCAAUGAAGCAGGGACCUGUGAAGCUGUGGACAACUCUUGAACAAAUUUGGCUACAAGCUGCUGAACUCUUCCUGGAACUGCAACAUCUCAAAGAAGCAGGCUUUUGUACCCAGGAGGCAGCUAGUCUUUUCCCCACAUCUCAUGCUGUACUGUACAUGCGUGGGAGGCUUGCAGAGAUGAAAGGCAAUUUGGAGGAGGCUAAGCAAUUGUAUGAUGAAGCACUCACAGUGAAUCCAGCUGGAGUGGAAAUUAUGCACAGCCUGGGCCUGGUGCUGAGCAGACUUGGGCGGAGGGAACUGGCCCAGAAAGUCCUCAGAGAUGCCAUCCGGAUCCAGACCACCAGUCACAUUGCCUGGAACAGCCUUGGAGAGGUCUUGCAAGCUCAGGGGAAAAAUGAAGCAGCCAUUGAAUGUUUCCUUACUGCCCUGGACCUUGAAUCCAGCAGUCCUGUCAUUCCAUUCACCGUCAUACCCAGGGAGCUCUGAAGCUUUUCCAUGUAGCUAAGAACUUUCAUUGUGUGGACAGACAACAAAACCAAGCAGAUAAACAAAGAAAAAGCCCUACAGAGAAGUGCCAUUGUAACCUUGAACUGGGCUAAAUAAUUCCAAGAUGGGGCUCAGGUCUACAGGCUUAGCUUAGACAAGCCAAACUGUAGAAGAAUUUGCAACAGGCAGAAACAGAGAAUGCCUUUUUCUUCACAGGUGCCUGGCUAACCUCCUGUUCAAGUUAAUAGCAAGGCUUAUUUUAAAGUAUUGGUUCAAAGUGACUGUAGAAAGAAUGUACUAGGGUACAGCUGUUUAAAGCACUUGCGCCUUUCAGUGUUCAUUGAAAAUAAAACCCCCAAGCCCUGAAUUAAGCCCAGACCUGCUCUGAAGUAAAUUCACCAACUAAUUUGACCAAGUUGUGUUUAAGUAUGUGGCUGUCUCCCCACAGAUCUAACAGGACAAGUAUGACAAUUGCACCAAAUAGUCAUGCAGUAUAUGCUGUUUACAAAAUUAUUUCAUCUAUUUUGAUAAUCCUAUUUCCUGCCUUGCUUUUAUAUACUGUAUAUGCUCACUAUAUUUAGUGUAGCACUUGCCUAGACCAAUUUAAAUUAAAAAUACUUUUUUAAAAAUAAAGCUGCUAUUGCAGUAUAAUUCACAAAAGCAGAAAGACCAAAGACCAAAUCAAUUCACACUUGAACUAGUAUUAAAAACACAUAAAUAUAUCCACUUACAUAUUUAUUGAAAGGCUUUACAUGAAGUUACUAAUUAUAAACUCUGAGCUUCAUUCUUAUUAAUCACCUAUUGCAUCCGUUUAGUAAGGAAUGUAGUGUUUACCAGUAUAUAGUGACUGAACUCUGUGCCAUAGACUGCAUUACCAUUCCUGGCACAAAAUAUUUUCAUACCCAUCUUUUGAUGAUGCAAAAGAAGGCAGCGGUCUUUUAAGGGAAAGUGUGCUGAAGGCAGUAUGUAUGUAUAUGAAUUGCUUCUUCCUUAAAAUUAAAUCUUCAGACUGUCCAUAGAAAUUUCACAUUAGAGGUACAGAAUUGAGCCUUCAGUGGCAUCAUUUUGCAUCUCCUAUCAGAGGUAAUAGUGAGGACCUUCUGAUCCAUACAGCCCCCCCAUGGCUGUGACAGCCAGGGAGGGGAUGCAGCUGGCAGCCCUGCUGAGCUGUUCCUUAGCUCAGCGUGACCUCCCCGGGGCCUUGGCAGCGAGGUGAAGCCAGACUGUGCUGUCACACAAGAGCCAGCCCUGUCCAGACCAGUCCCAAGGUAAAGAAGUUAAGAUGAUGCAGAAAUUUGCUCCACUUUUCUACAAAAAAAGAAAAAAAAAAAAAAAAGGUUUUUGUCCAAAGAAGAUUUGUGACUUAAAUUUGCACUAAAGCAUACUUCGUACUAUAAUUCUGCCCAGUAUUGUGAUCCACAACUACUUCACUCCGGAAAUAAUAAUAUCCUCAGGCAAUAAAUAAGAUGGGGCUGUUUCUUACUGAGCCUGAGGCUCUGAGAACAGGCUUGAAGUCAGCAUUGUUUACAGUUAUUUGGAAAUCUGCAUGCUAAUGGAGAGCUGGCUCCUUGUGCUGCUCCCAGCCCACACCAGCAGAGAGCUCCUGCCCCCAGCCUUCCCUCAAGAUGCCUGCACCAAGGGAAUCACCCUGGUCUCAGGUUCCUUGCAGCAAUCUGGUGCACUCCCAGGCCAAUAUUUAUAUUUUUUGCCCUUUAAAUUAUGCAGAUGCAAUAGCCUAGGUUAUUUAUCUGUUCACUGAGGGAUUCCAGAUCUGCUCUACUCUGAUUUCACUCCAGGUGAAAUCAGCCCAGCUGUGAAAGGUGCUCAGUCCAUGAGUUCUCUGUCUUUCCAGUGCCACACAGGCCCCCAGAUGGACUAUUUUAGGCCAGGGGUAGGUUUCCAAGGAGAUGGUGUUCCCCAGCUGCAUUUCUUGUUUGAAAAAGCACCAGCAGCAGAGGAAGGAGUAGGUGUUAAAGUACCUGAAUUAAAGGAGUUUCAUGAAGACAGAAAGAUGCAGCCGAGACACGUUUUGCUGUGAAGGAUGCUAUGAAGUCAGCUCGCUCUGCACUGAGGGGAGAAAGAGGGAAGGGGAGGGGGAGAGAUGCUGUUGUUGACAUAAUAUAUAAAUUGUUACCCAGAUGUUUUAAACCCAGUUCCAGUCAGAUGCAAUCUGACAAUAGAUUUAAGCAGAGAAAUAUAUAGAUAGAUAUUAGAUUAUGGUGUUUGUUCUGCUCCACAGUUCCCAGGGUAGGAGCAGAUCUUCUGUGUAAGACACAAAACAAGAGCCCGUGUGGUCACACAUCGCUGUUCUGUUGUGCAGUGUAUAUUUGCAAAGCACUGCCAUAGCAACUUCUGUGUACUGGGUAGCUAUCUGAGUACAAGUUGCGCAUCUACCUCUGCAACCAAGAUGCUUCUUUAAGAGGUCCAUAAUGUAGCUGGUCUGUGACCUGGCAGGUGGGUGCCUGUUUCCCAGCAGCAGCUGAAAAGCACUCACUCACAAAUUCAUUUGCUUCUGUAUACAUAGCUUGUAAACAGCCACCAGCCCAUCACGUUUGCUGUGAUCAGGCAAACUUCAUGCUGAUGAUAAUCAGACUUGCCACAGCACUCAUCUUCCUGGUAGAGGGGCAAACAUUCAUGAAUGCUUUGAGUGCAUCAGCAAGUCAGAUGUUGCCAAGGUAGUCCCAUGUUGUGUGCAAUAAUGAGUGUUUCUGGCACUGGAAUCUCCAAUAACUUUGGGGAACCAAUUCUGCAAGUUUUAGCACUGACCUGAGUCUUAACAGUUUUCUCAUUCAUUAGUUUUGAAAGAGGAAGAUAAAAAGCCCACAUUAUUGCCUAAAGUUUCGCAUUUCUCUUGUUCCACCACAAGGUUCUUUUCCAUUUUUUUGGAAGAUUGCAUGCAAAAAGAAAAAAUAAUUACCUUCUAUUUUCCUGUUGUGCAGUGAAGGAGUUGCCUUUGACCAACAAGGAGGAUUGUAUAUUGUAACAAAACUGACUCUGCCGUUAGGAUAACAGGAGAAGCCAAACAGGCCAGGGAAUAGCUCCCCUCCCUGCCUUAUCCCAUGUAAAGUGUCAUCAGUGCCACUGGAGUGGUUGGUUAUGAGCAUUCUCCCAGCUGAGGGUCUGCCCACCUGUGUACUCAUUCCAUACAGGAGUACAGUGAAGCUGCAGACUCCUGCGCCACACAAGAACCUCAUCCGUUUCUAUUGGUAACAAUUCGUGCUACUGAUUAUCACAAUUCCUCAGAAGUGCUAAUUAUCUUUUCUUGGUAAUGACUAAUAAAUCCAAAUGGAGAACAGUCCUGGAGGGUGUUUACUUUAAAAUUCACUGGCUGGGUACCAAAGCAGGCACAGCACUGGCUGCUGCAGUUUGAAUUACACUUAUUUUGUCAAAAAAAUGCUCCAUUUUCAGAGUCUAGGUACUUAAUGAGUUUGGCUAGUUUGUAUUUCCUUUUAAUGACAGCAGAGUGGGAAACAAUCCUUUUUAGUGAAAAGACAUGACUGCCAUUUUUCCAGCCAAUCCAACAGAGAUUUGAUAGUUGCAGUUCAGCCUACAUGAGGAAGGCUUCCCAAAGCAACUGUGCACAGGAAUAAUUCCCUCUGGCUCAGUUGUAUUACAGGCAUAUUUGACAAUUAGGCAAUGGGCAUGUGGAGCUGAGAUGCCUUUCCCUCCUUACUUAGCUAAGGGGAGCUGCUUUGUGCCCAAAGGGACAGCUAUGGCACCCAUCUGCAUGCCCAUCAGCACUGCCCUGGUGCCUGCCACCUGCAGGGUGGCUGCUGCCACCAGCCCAGUGAGUCUUGUAGGCCAACACCCCAUCACUUGUGCUGCUUUAAUGACCUUCAGACUGCUCCCUAAGCCUGGCUCCAAGGGACAGUUUCCUUACUGCUGCGUUGUUCAGUGCUGCGGCAUAUCAGUGCAUGAUCAGAUAGAAGGUUGUUUUUCCCAGAAAUAGAAAGCUGAAUCAUCCAUCAGUCAGUGAUGUUGGCAGGAGGGGAGGUAAACACUGACCCAGCAGUUGCCAAGAUGGUUCCUCCAACUUUACUUCUAAUGAACUGGCUCGUGCCUUCAGCUCCAGGAAACCAAGGCAGGUUCCCAAGUGAACUGGAUACUAAAAGAUCCAGCUCAUUUUCCCACAGAAACACAUACCAGUCAGUGGCUUAAACUACUGAUGGAGAUGCAACGCUGUGCCAUUGCGUAGCAGCCCAUGAUGAUACAAGAACUUCCCUGAGCCAGUGCAGAGAAGUGCUUAGCUUUUGCACAUCCAAGCAUGUCCUACAUGCCACUCUGAUACUGUUGUCAAGGGUGUCAGAAUCAGUUUUCCGUGUAACUUAACUUUUUUUGCCAUUGUAAGGUAUUUCCACCAAGUUUAAUAAAAUUGACCCUGUGGGAAACAGAAGCGCUCCUUAUAUUUCCUUCUAAUUUCUGGACUUUGAAUAUAUUCUAAUAUAUUUUAAUAUAUUUUAUAAAUACAUUUUAAUAUAUUCAUGCCAUGGAUGCUUCAAGCAUUAUGAAAUGUCCAGUUGUUACAUUAACUGGAACCCAGUGUGCUUAGCAGUUGCAAAGGGUAUUUUGGCCUACACCCUGUAGUUCAUGGGAAAAACGAGAGUGAUCAUGCAAGCAGCAUGCCUUCAGGGAGGAACAGAGCCAAGAAAAUGGAGCGAUGUAGCUUGUUUGGAUUUGUAGAGAUUUAAGCAAGCAUCAUGCUUUUUUUGUGUUUCAUCCAGUAAAAAGAAAUAAAGGUAGUGUGAGAAACUCUAA